GAUCUACAGUCUACUUGACUAAAAAAACAAUUGUAAGUAGUAUUUUCUGAUGAAAAAACGCACAAUAUCCGUAUACGUGCAGAAUUUAUAUUGUUAUUUGUAUACUUGCUAAGCUAAAUUUGGUAUCACAAGCUUAUAAAAAAGCGCCAAAUAUGUUUAUUAAAAUUUAAAAUAAAACAUUUAGAUACAGUUUCAGUGUAAUUAUAAUUUACAAUUUACACUUAAAAUUUAUUUUAACAACAACUUAGAUCGAUAAUAUGAUUCGUUAUUUAUUGAUUUUUACGGUUUUCAUCGGCGCACAACAUUCGGUUUCAUCCCUAACUACCAGCGAUAAAGCUAAGACUUAUGGAUACCCUAUUAAAACGUAUCACUAUAAAACUGAGGAUAACGCCUUGGUAGGCAUGGAAAGGAUACCUUACGGAAAACGGAGUAACGGAACAAUCGGCAAGCCUGUCAUUCUAUUGCCCGGAGUGCUGGCUAGCUCAAUCACGUUUGUAUACAAAAACACUUCACUUGCAUUUUUUUUGGCUGACGCUGGUUAUGAUGUUUGGCUACCAAAUUAUAGGGCUAAUGGUCUGUCACUAAAAGUUAAAGAUCCACAAACUGGAAAAAUUCUUAAACUGUCGAAAAUGAAUUGGAACUACAGUUUCCACGAACUGGGCAUAUACGACUUUCCUGCAGCCAUUGACUUAGUACUAAAGGAAACUGGACGUGAUAAAGUAGACGUAGUGGGUAUUUCAUUGGGGACUACUAUUUCACUUAUCGGGCUUUCAGAAAAACCAGAGUACAACAACAAAAUUCGAAACCUUGUAAUGAUGGGACCUGCUGCCAAAAUGAAAAACUCUCUCAAAAUUAGACCCCUGCAGUAUGUGUUAGCUAAACUGUACGCACCUAUGGUGAUAACUGCAUUAAGUAAAUUUCGAUAUAUUAACGUUUUUCAAAACCCAGAUAAACAACUACUAGGAUAUUUGUGCAGAACUAUCUUAUUCCGAUAUCAGUGUGUACACGCCAUGACUCUUUUGCAAGGUGUUUUUACUCCGUUCAAAUACGAUGUCGUCGCAGAUCUUGCAACUACUUAUCCACAACCAUCUUCUACUAAGGCGAUGAUACACUAUAUUCAAUUAAUGAUGUCUGGUCGAUUUUGUAACUUCGACUACGGGCCGGACGAAAAUGUGAAGCAUUAUAAAUCCCAAGUGGUUCCAGAAUAUAAUGUAAGCAAAAUAACGGCGCCGACGAUUCUGAUAUACUCAAAAACUGAUCUCGUCACACCUCCUUCGGAUGUUAAAUGGCUGUUUGACAAAAUGCCGAAUAUUAAGGACUCCUAUUAUAUUCACAAAAUACCGUUCAGCCAUCAAGCGUUCAUACUCGGCAACAAUGCUCAUACGGUCGUGUACCCUUAUAUCGCAAGAAAACUCUCAGAAAACGAUUGAUUCGUUCGUUAUAACUGAAAAACAAAAUUUGUGAAUUGUCAUGAAAUAAUAUUUAACAAUUUUAAUCUAUCUAUUUACAUAAGCUUUAAACAUUAAAUAUCUACUAUGUUAACUUACUGAAUAGUUACCGUUAAUAAAAUGUAUUGAUCAAAUCAAUUUCUGUCCAUAUCGGGGCUAACAAUUCAGUUUCUUUUCUUUAACUGUUUAAACGGAUCUCUUGAGAAAUUAUCGUACUAUAGGAUUCAGUAUUGAGGGCCUAGUACGUAGUAUAAGAACAAAAAAUGAAAAUUUUCUUAACUCCAAUGUUAAUAGUAGUUAGCUAUUAAAAAAAGAAAAAAACAUUAUUAUUGAAUAGAAUGUCAUUUUUUUUUUUUAUAUUAUUUAAUACCUUGUUAGAAACAAUAAAAUAUCAGUAUAGUAAUUAUUAAGCACCGAAUCUAAACUUCA